AAGAAAAGUACACAGAAAGUGGGCGGUGUAGAGGUCCCGCAAGCCCAGGCGCAGACUGAGCUGCUAUUGUAGCAGGGGUCUGCCCCAGGUAUCGCUGUGCUCUGGCCUCAUUUUGUUUUUAUUAAUGCAAUGGAGAUCAACAAAGGCAACAUUCACGUCCUUUUGCAAGCCGCAGAAUAUCUGGAAAGGAGAGAGCGAGAAGCGGAACAUGGUUAUGCGUCGGCGUCACCCUUUGACAUUAAAGGAGUUUCUUGCAAGAGAAACAAGCACAAAAACAAGACCUCUGAUAACACCAGGUCUGUGCAUAAUGAACUGGAGAAACACAGGCGUGCACAGCUGCGGCAGUGCCUGGAGCAGCUCAAGCAGCAGGUUCCCCUCUCCUCGGACUCGGCCAGGCACACCACGCUCAACCUGCUCAGACGAGCCCGGCUGCACAUUAAGAAGCUGCAGGAGCAGGAAGAGCGCGCUCGGGUAAUGAAGGAGCAGCUACGUUGGGAGCAGAGGGGGCUGCGUGUGCGCCUGGAGCAGCUGCUGGGGGGCACGGAGAGGGUACGCAAUGACAGCAUGGGCUCGGCCAUGUCCUCCGAGAGGUCCGACUCUGACCGAGAGGACGUGGAGGUGGACGUGGAGAGCGUGGUGUUUGUGUGUCUGGAAUCUGACGGCUUGGGGGCUACCCAAACCGAAGGGGAUCACAGUUACUCCAGCCCCGGCUGUGCUUGGCUAUGACAGCAGCCCGAGUACCUUCGCAGUGCUUAGAUUGAAAACAUUCCAAAAAAAAGAGAAAAAGAGAAAUGAAAAGCAAAAAAAAAAAAUAAACCAGGGAACAUCACAACAGAGAUGAAGAGAACAUGGGGUCGUACUUUUUACAGUUCGCCACGAACUCUCACAGGAAACGGCAACAUCUGGGAUUUUUUUUGUUUUUGUUCGUCUUCAGUUCUGCCAUUUUUUUAUUAUCGAACAUAAUAACUGGGCCAGUGCAUUGAAGAAAGACACACACACCAGGAAGGAUUACUUUCUGAAUUUUUCUGAUUAGCCAGUGUUUUGUGAAGCCUGACACUCGUUUUUCAAUUCUCUAACACGCACUUGAGCGAGAUCAGGCUCCUCGCACUGAACUCUUUUCUGCAGAAAUGGUAUUGUUCCCUACAUGUUUUACAUAAGCUUCAGUGGGUGGCAGUGUACAUGCAUAUUUUUUUCCUGCCUUCAGUAUAUUUUUGAAAUGGUAGGAUGUAUUUUUGCACUAAUAUGAAUUCCCGUUGACCUCUUUUAAAAAAAUUUAUAUUUGUAAAAGCAUUUAUAGUUGUUAGUUACUGAGCCUGAUGGUAACCACGCUGGUAUACAGAGGCUGUGGACAUAUUGUUAAAGGGGCACCUCAAGAAGAUUCUAUUAUUAUUCAAUGUUCCUGAGCCAAGGGCGUUGAUUUGGGUAUGGACGGUAGAGACGUGUUCCUAACAAUAUUGCGGGAGUAUCGUGUGUGUUUAGCAGAGUGGGGGAUUUGGGACUGAUUUGGUUCCUACCAAUACUGAGAUCGAACCUACGCACUUGUCCUGAGCACUUAAAUACUAAGGAACAUGACUUGGACAAGCUUAGGAUACCUUUCCUAAGAGCAGCUUGAGAAGGUAGCCUGUUGCGCUUUUUGUGAUGAGACUCGCGUUUCUGUGACUAGGCCGAAGAAACCGACCUAGGAGCCAUGAUGCAGCUGGAGAAGUGGAGGUGUGACACAGCCUGCGAAAUUAAGAGUGUGUUAACGGUAGCAGGGACAGCAGGAAUUGAGGUUGAUGGACAGCAAGAGCACAGUGAAAGUUAGCACUUAGAAGCACAGUCCAAUGUGAAGCCCUGACCUCAUCUUACAUUAGUCCGUAUUAAAUGGGCAAGAAUCCAAAAGAUGGGUUCAAAACAUCAGAUCAAUUUGGUCAUAUCAGUCAAGUAUGCUAAUGUUGAAGUUUCUUAGAUCACUGAGCUAUACUCAAUAAUAGCUCAUUUGGAUUGGAUCAGUUUACUGAACAGCAGAUUCAUUUAGUAAUUAAAAUACUAAAUUUUUGCUUUUUUUAGGGGGGGGGGGGGGUUCUGUGAACUAAAACUCACUGUAACUCCAUGUUAUUUUCAGUUUCUAUCUUCACUCUCAGCCUCGAACACUGGAGCGGAUUCCGCAAGUAGACAAGCACCCUGGAAAACCUAAAUUCCGGCACUUGACGAGUCACACAGUGAGAGUAUAAAUCCCUCUGAAGUCUGGUAUGUUAAACUUCACAGAAUGGCUAAUGCUGAGAAUAGGUGUAGUGUGUGCCUUUGCAGAAAUAAUGUUAAACACCACUUCCUCAAGAAUCCGUUAUCUUGUGGUCAGGUAGAGCCAAGUGUACGCUGGGUCACAUCAAAUACUCACUCUUAUUUUAAGCUUAAGUUCUGCAGCAGCUGAUGCUUGCAGUUCUGCCUGCAUUAAACGAUGCUAUCUGAAAAAAUAGCCUGGUUUAAUAUCUCUCUGUAUUUAAACUUAAAAAUACUUUUAUUGCACAGUCCUUUCAAUCAGCACUUCUGUCGACAAACUCGCAUAAGAAUUACUUUAGCUUUGCUGUUACUAAGUGAAAACUGCCUCUGUUUUGUUUGGUUCCAUUUCAAAAGAUUGAUCCAGUUACAGAUUGCAAAGGGGGUAAUUUUACAUGUUCAAUGCAGGGAAGAAGACGAGUUUUGCACAUUAUGAACCAACCAGCAAAAUCCAAUUUUCAUGUUCUUUAAACAAAUAACAAAUGGGUAAAUGGCAGUGAAUGUUUUUUUUUUUUUACCUUUUUGGGCAUGUUUAAGAUCAUGAGGAAUGGGUACUUGAAUGCAAUGCAAUGUUAGAACUUUUUUCCUCACGUUAAAGUGAAAGUAAGCACUUUGGGAAUGAAAACAUUCUCCUUAGUGAAAUAGUUAUUGAUGUAAUUUCCUAUUCUGUGCCAUUACUUAAAUUCAUUCAAAGCCAGUACUUGGGUAGAAUUGAACCCUUAGCUUUACAAUACUCCUACUACAUUUCUCAAUUUUUAUACCUUAAAUACAUUGACUGUGUAGAAUCAUAUGGCACAACAAUAAACUGAAUUCCAUUCCUGUUGUGUUUACAGUCAAAAUGGGUUCGGUCAGUAGCAAAGUCUUCUGCAGUUGAGUAUUGAUUCCCAGGUGAUUUUCCUGGUCAUAUUCUCAUUUGGGGUGACAUACAGAACAAUUUGUUUCAUACAUCAUCUCAUUAUUAGUUUUGGCUGGUAAAUAACGGAGUUUUCAUUUAACAGUAUUAGUCUGAUGUUUCUUAAUCUUGGGGGGAUUUCUGAAGAUCUCACAGAUUACUAUUGCUAACAAUCAUAUUAAGCUUCCACUGAAUAUAUGAGCUGUAAUGAUGCUUUGCCUUUCGUCAGUGUCCAAGACCCUAAUUCCAAGUCCAUCUUGAAUGCAACCAUGUCAGCACAAAAGCAUAAUAUUUUUUUUGCAUUGUUUAUUUGUACUCUACAUUUUCCCCAGUAAUCGGAUGUAGCAUUGUUUUCUACUAUUAUGCAUUUGUAUAAUAAAUAUUAUAAUUAUUAA